AAAAGAAAGCUCAGAAGUCUUCUGACAUGAAGAGAUCAAAGUCUUUAAAAGAUGGAAAUCAAAAGGCCAAGAAAAGCAGGGCUACUAAAUUGAAGGGGGCCAAAAAAGUGACGCGGAGGUCUGAUGCAGUAAAGGAGACAAUGUCUGUUGAGUCUGUGAAGGAACAGAGUGAGAGCAGCGAGAAGCAUGCAGAGGCUGAAUACCUUGACUCUCUUUCAGACAACAAAUUCAUGAAUUCUGAAGCACAGACAGAAAGGGAUUUAGCAGAUGGAAAGGACAAACGCAACAAGUUACCGGUUGUGUCUGAAGGGAGUUCAUCUGAAGACCAGAUUCUUGGGAGAGGGAAAAGGAAAAGGAGGCAGCCUGGACAGUGGUGGUUGGACAAUUUGAUCACAGAGGAAACAAAAGUUACAGACAACCAGCCAACACUCAAGAAGUUAAAGCAGCACAGCCAAGAGCCCAGCGCAACAGUACCUUCACCUGUGAAGGCUAAGAAGAACAGAGUUUUAAAGAAAAGGAAUCUGACCCAGCCUGCACCUUCACCCAGUCAUAACACAAAUAAAGCUAAAGAAAAGAAAACCAAACAGAACAAAAACAGAAAAACAAGAGGAGACACAGCAGACGAGGUAUUUCACACGAAUAAGGCAGAGCAGUUUGAAGAGCAGCAGCAGCAGGAGGUCGUGGACCAGGACCUGGAUGACCAGUCUAGUCCUUUGGACCUGACACACAGAGACCACAGCCAUAACUCGGGGCAGCAGGUAUUUCAAAGAGUAUACCAUCACAUCUCUCAUGAAAAACUGUCCACGCCAGAGCCUGUCUCUCCCAGAGGACCUAGGGAGCCGCUCUGGUCAGAAGAAUCAGAGAGACGGAGGAGGAAACCUCCCGGUAACUGGUGGACGGUUGAUAACAGGUCUGAGGACGUGGAAAGCAUCUCCUUACAGCCGCAGAAGCUGGAGCCCAAACCUCGUAAAGAAAGAAAAAAGCCGUCAAAACAGAACCGAUCUCGACUUGGAACCCCCAAAAAAGGCAAGAUGGCAGUCGCAUCAAAACCACUAGGGGGAUCUCUUGUGCCUCUUUUGAAACAGAAGCCAUUGUUGACUCCAAAGACUGUCAAACGCUCUCUGGCCACAUUUAGAGACAUUUUCACUACAGGCACAGAGACCCCGACGGUGGUGAGCAGCAAAGAUGCAGGUCAGAAGAACAGACGUAAAGUCAGUGCACCUCCUGCGGAGGCAGUCACUGCUACUGACUGUGCAACAUUCAGUAAGACUGCCAAAGAUAUUCCCAGUAUGGAUGCUGGUGAAUCCUUACAGGACAGCAUGUGUCAGUCAGAGGGCAGGUUAAAACCCCUCAGAAGUGGGCUGUCCUCCAUGAUUCCGCUUGAACAUUAUGAGGAGGAUGAGGACUUGAUUCUGCCACUACCCAGAGUCCACGCUGCUCUCUCUUUAUCAGAUCUGUGUGUUCCUCCUCUCAAACCGCUGGUCUUACAGCCGCAGGAUAAGGCCAACCUGAGAGAGUGGUUUAAGAGUCUCUGGCCUAUCCCUGAUGACAAAAGUCCUGACAUCACUCCAGACCAUUUUGAUUGGUACUCUUAUAAGGGAAGAGCUAUUGGCUUCCUGGUGGACCUGAACUGUGACUCGUUCUGUAGUGGAAAAAUCCUGCUGGGCUCCUACAUGAAGAAGCCUCUGUGGGUGGAUCACAGUGCCACAACAGUUUUUAACUUAUUAUCAAGCUCUGUGAGUGUAACCAUCAACGGCGAGCAAUCGCGCUUCUAUCCCGGACCAUCCUUUAUGGUGCCAUGUGGGCAUGCUUACAGCAUCCAGAACGUCACUGCUCAGCCUGCAGUUCUGCACUUCACCAGGGUAUUAGCAGAAAGUUCAGAUUGAAGUUGUCAGCUCGGUGGCUGCUGGAUAACCAGCCACAUGAUUCUACAUAUGUAAAUUUAAAAUAAACGACUGAAUAUGUGUGACAUCUGAAA